AUGUCGGCCAUAGAAUCUCCGACAGUCACAGCGACUGACUCCCGCGCCGGUACUCUCCAACCAGAGUCAACCAUACCUUCCUCCCCGAUGACCGAACUCACGAGCGCCGAAACGAAAGCAGUCUCGGAAAACGAGAGAAACGAAGUACAGGGUCAAUCGGCCGAGAAUGAAACCGAGGAUACUGAGGGUAUGGACAACAAGGCCAAGGCCUUGAUUAAUUUGCUAAAGACCAGUUCGGUAUUUGUCGCCAUCAUGUCGGACAAAAUGAAGAAACAACAGGAGGAAGCUCGGCAGCAGGCCAUCAAACGCCAACAAGCUGCGGCCGAAGACAAACAAGCCAAGCCACACAAGGAAACAAGCACCCGGCGUGCGACGAGAAAUCGAACUUCCGGAGUGGACCUGCCAGUGGAAGAUAACUCAACGGGCGCCGAGGCUCCAGCACCAAAGAGGAGGGGACGCCCGAGAAAGAGCACUGCGGGUGUCAAUACUAUCUCGAGCUACUUUCAAAAGGCUGAGGUGGAGGUCAAGGAGGAUAAUCCUACCGUAAAGGAAGCCCUGGAGCAGGCAGCGAAUGAAUACGAGUCCAAGCCAACGGCUCUCGGUGAACAAGAGUUGGUUGCUACUCGACAGCCGACACUAGUGACUGGUGGCAAGAUGCGGACAUACCAGCUUGAGGGCCUCGAAUGGCUGAAGACCUUGUGGAUGAACGGCCUCUGCGGGAUUCUUGCGGACGAGAUGGGACUGGGUAAAACAGUCCAAGCCAUCUCAAUGAUUGCGUUCUUAAAGCAGAACAAAGUCUCUGGUCCUUUCCUGAUCUCCGCGCCCCUCAGUACCGUGAGUAACUGGGUGGACGAAUUUAACAGAUGGUGUCCUAGCCUUAAUACCGUUCUUUAUCAUGGGUCCAAGGCUGAGCGUGCGUCGCUGCGAAGUAAGCACAUGCAAAUGCGCAAGCAAGGAGAUAUGGACUUUCCCAUCAUCUGCACUUCGUAUGAGAUAUGUAUGAAUGACCGGAAAUUUCUCGGGAAGUACCAAUGGAGAUACAUCAUUGUGGAUGAGGGACACCGCCUGAAAAACAUGAACAGCCGCCUUAUCAAGGAGCUCAUGACUUACAACUCUGCCAACCGGCUGCUGAUUACCGGUACGCCGCUGCAGAACAAUAUCUCUGAGCUGUGGUCAUUGUUACACUUCCUUCUUCCCGAAGUGUUCAAUGAUCUAAACAGUUUUGAGAGCUGGUUUGAUUUUUCUUCUGUCUUGGAUGACAACGGACAGGCAGAGGUCGUGGAGCGUAGGAAACGCAAUAUUGUCUCUACUAUGCAUUCCAUCUUGAAACCAUUCCUCCUCCGACGCGUUAAGACAGACGUUGAGACCGACCUUCCGAAGAAGCGGGAGUACAUUCUGUACGCACCCCUCACAUCCGAGCAAAAGGAACUCUAUCGGGAGAUCCUCAGUGGGACUGGUCGACAGUACCUUGAAACAAAGGCCCUGGAGCGCUUGACUGCAAAGAACCCAACGCUUUCUCGAUCUUCGAGCCGAAAGCGACGGCGUGAGAGCAGCGAGCCCGAUACUCCUAACAAGAGCAUGCGCUCUAGCGAAUCUGCCACUCCUAGUAGUGGCAUCAGUGCCAGCACCAACACUAUCAGCUCUAGUCGCCGACGUCGAGGCCCACAAAGCUACAAGGAGAUGGGUGACAGGGAAUUCGACAAAAGACUGCGCCUGCUGGAUCAGGGAAUCGAGAUUGAAGAAGAGGAAAAUGAGCCAAGCGAUACGGAACUUGAGGAGAAUGCAAGAGUCGAGACAAUGAAACUUGCGAAGAAGGAAAUCUCGCAGAAAAAGAUGCAAAACCCUGUCUUGCAGGCUCGGUUAGCUUGCAAUUCUCCGCACAACUUCUACUGGCCGUGGACUGAUGAGUCCUCGGAGGUAGACGAGUCGCUUGUAUCGGCUUCUGGAAAGAUGCUUCUUCUGGACCGCCUAGUUCCCACUCUCUUGAAGAAGGGACAUAAAGUCCUGAUCUUCUCUCAAUUUAAGACUCAGUUGAGUAUCAUCGAAGAAUGGGCCACGCAUCUGCGAUCCUGGCCCUGCUGUCGGAUCGACGGAGCCAUGAGCCAGGCCGAUCGGCAGGAGCAAAUCAAGGCAUUCAAUACCACCAAGUCUCAUAAGAUCUUUCUUCUCAGCACUCGUGCCGGCGGACAGGGUAUCAACCUUACAGCCGCAGACACAGUGAUUCUGUUCGAUUCGGACUGGAACCCUCAACAAGAUCUCCAAGCCCAGGACCGUGCUCACCGUAUCGGUCAAAAGAAACCUGUGAUCGUGUACCGAAUUGCAACCAAGGGCACUGUCGAACAAACUCUGCUUGAAAAAGCAGACUCCAAGCGCCGUCUUGAACGUCUCGUCAUUCAAAAGGGGAAAUUCCGUUCUCUGCUUGACACCAGUGCCAACGCGCAUGAGCUCGAAGACCUGCGCCAGGCUCUCGGGGAGGAUGAAUUUGAGCGUUUCGAGCUGAAUGACCAAUCAAUUCUCUCAGACGAUGAACUUGCGGUCUUGACUGAUCGUAGCGAGGAGGCCUAUUUGCGGGCCGAGAAGGGCUUGGAUAAAACCGGGCACGCAUUUGUGGCCGUGGAGACCAAGCGCGACGGUGGUGAGACCCUCAUGGCGUAG